AUGACUGCUCAACGACUCUUACGGCCGGCGCGGGACGCCCUGCGCACGCUGCCCUAUGCCACACCCCGCACCUGCACAUGUCGCGCCCACCGGUCGACGUCAUUUUUCUCGACCUCUUCCUCACCCAGGAGCGCCUCUUCCAACGACGACGUCAGCCGCUCCGGGCCCAUUAAUCCCCAGCCCGCCAGCGAGCUGCAGCUGGGCGAACUGCCGGGCGGCACGUUCCGCAUCGAGCCGCUGCGCCGCGUCGGCGAAGACGUGGUGACCAUGCGCGCGCGCUUGCUCUACCAGUCGCGGAAACGCGGCACGCUCGAGUCGGACCUGCUGCUGUCGACGUUUGCCUCGGCACACCUAGCGACGAUGACGGCCACGCAACUGGAGCAGUACGACCGGUUCCUGGAUGAGAACGACUGGGACAUCUACUACUGGGUGACGCAGGAGGAAAACACGCCCGCCACAGCAGCCGACGAGGGCAGCGGCAGCAACAUCCGUGAACGCCCUGCGCACGAGUGGGCGCAGACGGUGGGCACGUUCAAGCCGGCGUAUCGCCCGGUGCCGGCGCGCUGGCAGGGCAGCGAGAUCCUGGCAAUGCUGCGGCAGCACGUGCAGGAGCGGUCGGCCGAGGGCGAGAUUGGCCGCGACGACGGCAGCGCAAAGGCGACAAUCAGCAAGACGAAGCGAACCGGCGAGGGCAUGGCCUUUAUGCCGCCGCUGCCCGACUUUGGCAAGAAGUAG